AAACGCAGCCCAAAAGAGUACAAAGGCUUCCUGUUCUCUUUCUGUAACGUGCACUUGCUUGGUAGAUCCCAAAUGGCAAAACCAGCGGUGCCUGUGGUGCUUCUUCUCUCUUUGCUGUGCGGAUUGGCUUCCCAUGCAGUAGACGCCCAGUACUACUGGUCGCCUGCGACGGCGACGUUCUACGGUGGCAGCGACGGCUCCGGCACAAUGGGCGGCGCUUGUGGGUACGGCAACCUGUACAGCGCUGGUUACGGGCUGAGCAACGCGGCGCUGAGCACGGCGCUUUUCAACGACGGCGCCAUGUGCGGUGCGUGCUACACCAUCGUCUGCGACACUAGCAAGAGCAGAUGGUGCAAGCCCGGCACGUCGGUGACCAUCACAGCCACCAACUUCUGCCCGCCAAACUGGGCGCUGCCCAGCGACAACGGCGGCUGGUGCAACCCGCCGCGCCGGCACUUCGACAUGUCGCAGCCCGCCUGGACCUCCAUCGCCAUCUACCAAGCCGGGAUCGUCCCGGUCAACUACCAGAGGGUGUCAUGCAAGAGGAGUGGUGGCAUGAGGUUCACCAUCAACGGGAGGGACUACUUCGAGCUGGUGACGGUGACCAACGUCGGCGGCAGCGGCGUGGUGUCGCAGAUGUGGAUCAAGGGGACCAACACGAACUGGCUGACAAUGAGCAGGAACUGGGGCAUGAACUGGCAGAGCACGGCGUACCUCAACGGCCAGAGCCUGUCCUUCAUGGUGAAGACCGACGACGGCCGCGUGGUGACGGUGUGGAACGUCGUCCCGUCCAACUGGUACUUCGGGGCAACCUACACCACCAGCUGGGCAAACUUUUAUUAGCCGCUGGCUAGCUCAACAUCUAUGCAUCACCGGAGCGGAAGAUCGGCGUGGAACUAGUAUAUAGCUAUACAUAUAUUUGACUCACUAUUACUAUGAGCCCUAAGACGAUCAAUUGAUGCCGCCGUACCCUCUUAGGCGUAGAUAGGCAUUGAACCCUGCUCAUUUCUCAGUAUCCAUUUUGUUCUGAUUGAUGAUUUUGUGUAGUUCUGCUACCUGUAACACCUGCAUUCUUACUACUUAGUCAGCGGCUUGGAUCACGGAGCCCUCUAAGUAAUCAAUGCAGUACCUACAUGUGUAUGGAACAAAUAAUGCUUAUUCAUUUAUACUAA